AUGAAUUUUGCCACAAGAAGAUGGUUCUAUCUGCCACUGGGCUGCAUGAUGCUGAUCAAUCUGAUUAAUGCUGAUUUUGAAUUUCAAAAGGGGGUGCUUGCCAGCAACAGCCCAGGAAUCAUGGAAGACAUUGAUCUCCAGUGCUGGAAUGCUUGCUCUUUGACACUGAUAGAUCUCAAGGAACUCAAGAUACAGCACACUGUCGAUGCUUUCUGGAAGUUCAUGUUGUUUCUGCAAAAAUCCCAGUGGCCUAGACAUUAUAAUGUCUUCUUAAGCAUAGCUCAGGAUUUCUGGGACAUGUAUGUAGACUGCUUGCUUUCAAGAUCCCAUGGAAUGGGCAGAAGACAGGUGAGGGCUCCCAAGUAUAAUUUUCCACAGAAGACAACAGGAGGUAAUUUAAAUUUGUACUUAAGAGAAUAG